GCAAUAGAGAAUGGUCAUGAACGGGUGGGUUAGGCAUCCACAUCACCUUCCUAUCUACCUUCACCCCACCCUUGUCCCGCGAUGCACGAGGUCCACUUGUAUUGAUUCUCACGCCCCACGCCUCCAUCCUUCCGAUUGCAUCUCGCACCGUCGAUUCUUUUCACCCGGCCAGGGCGCGGUUCCCAACGCCUACCAAGAGGGAGCACUUCGCCCUCUCGCCUAGCAUCUGGUCUGAAUAAGGGGCGGGCGUGGAGCGAAGAUGAGGACAUGCGAAUGGUGCAACGAUGCACGAGCAGCCCUACGUCGACCCAAGACCGGAGCAUACGUCUGUCGAUCUUGCUUCUUUCAUCUGUUCGAGGAAGAGAUUCAUCUGACCAUCACCAAAUCCGGCAUGUUUCAACGUGGGGAAAAGGUUGCCAUAGGAGCUUCUGGCGGAAAAGACUCGACGGUGCUGGCGAGCGUGCUCAAGACCCUCAACGAAAGAUACAACUAUGGCCUCGAGUUGCUGCUGUUGAGCAUCGACGAAGGAAUUGCCGGGUAUAGGGACGACUCUCUGGAUACUGUAAAGAGGAACAAGGUCCAGUAUGGUUUGCCGCUCGAAAUACUCAGCUACAAGGAUCUGUACGGCUGGACCAUGGACGACAUUGUCAAGAGCAUCGGCAACAAGAACAACUGCACAUUCUGUGGCGUCUUUCGAAGGCAAGCUUUGGAUCGAGGUGCGCUAGCAAUGCGUGUGGAGCACAUCGUCACGGGUCAUAAUGCCGACGAUCUGGCAGAGACUAUCCUCAUGAAUGUGCUGCGAGGCGAUAUUGCUAGAUUGGAAAGGUGCACGGAAAUCACUACUUCCGGCCCUUCGGACGCCUCGACUUCUGCUGCGGGAGGAUGCGGCAGCGGUGGUGGCGAUGAGGAAGUCGACGAGGUCUUUGGAGGCUCGGGCAUCAAGCGCAGCAAACCUUUCAAGUAUGCGUACGAAAAGGAGAUUGUCAUGUACGCCUACUUCAAGAAGCUGGACUACUUUAGCACAGAGUGCACCUACUCUCCUAACGCAUACAGAGGCACCGCCCGAGCGUACCUGCGAGAGCUGGAACUGAUCCGGCCAGGUGUGGUGCUAGACAUUAUACACUCUGGCGAGCAUCUCAAGGUGGAUGGUGGCGUAAUCAGGAAAGCUCAAAAAACUUGCGUCAGGUGUGGCUACAUGUCAUCCAACGACUUGUGCAAAGCGUGCCUGCUUCUGGAAGGAUUGAACAGGGGACAGCCUAGUCUUGGUGUUCGAUCAGGCAGACAGGGCCGCGAAGCGACUUUUUCCGCCUUGAGCAACGAAACGACUCGGCAAGAAGAUGCUGGAAUAGGAAACGUCAUUCCUCGCUGGACUCGUCCAGCGAGACCAGCUUCGGAACUUCCAAGCGCUAACAAUCUAAUCGCGAUCGAACGCUUUAAAGAACCUGCAUCUCUUCGGCAGGACCCGGUCGAACACUUGACUCGAGCGCUAGAGAACACUGCCAACAUCGCGGCAUGAAGUGCCUCUGCUUGUCAUGUACAACGUACCGCCUCCGCCAUUCCCACACGCGCACACUGUAGCAUAACAUCCAAAAUCGCUGCU